AUGGCCGGUGGCCCCCAUGCUGACACCCUGGCAAUCAGCGGGGAACUCGGGGCAAUGCCUGACGAGAGGCUUUCGUGCGUCGCGCAGGCUUCCACGAUGUUCUACUCAAUGGUAACUGAGUUCCUUGCUGGAUCACAUCCUACCCUGCGAAUCCAGGUCUUGAGCAUGAUGGAGAAGGUGCCAGCUCCAUCGGAGACCCCGGCCACAGAGCCCGCACCAGCGUACAACCUUCCACCAGGCUACGAGGACGUGGCUCAGCCCAGGCCCGAAUCUCGAGCCUCGCUCGCAGAAGGCAGGCCGAUCCCCAGCCGGCCAGAAGGGCCGAGAGUUGCUUUUGCAGGCAGUGCCCCGCACUCAACACGGAGCCUGCCAAGCCCCGGCCCCUGCCAGUCGGCACAAGGCGCCACUCCCCAGUCCACGCCGUCUCUGCCGGCGGCGGAUGCGGCUUUCCUCUCCAGGUCCCAGGACCACGGGCCCCAACCGCGCGAGUUGCCAUCGAACAGAGUUCACACAAGCCUCCCAAUCUUUCCACCGCUGGCCACGAACCCUCAGCAGCCUCAGCCACAGGGGCCUCCCCAAGGGCCAGCUUAUGGAUAG